AUGCGUUCAAGCAUAGUUUUUAUGUUAUUUCUGGCACUAUUUAUAAUAGUUUUCAUGAAAAGUAGCAAUGCUCGUCAAAUACCAAUAGAUGAUGACGAUGAUUUUCAAAUAUCUAAUGCCAAGGCCAGAGCUUUCUUGGAUUUUGCUGAUGACUACAUGAAACGUGUUAAUGCUGGUACAUUACGGCUCUCCGAUAUUAAAUCUUUCGAUGGAAAUUUUGAAUACGAAUCAUCAACAUCAUCAUCAAAGGGGGAUUGUGAAUAUAAUGAAGAAUACUAUAUGAAUGGUCAAACAUUCAUGGACAAUGGUAAUUAUUGUGGCUGUGCUUAUCAACAAGUUACCUGUGCAGCUAUGCUCUGUCGUACGACAGUACCACAGUAA